AUAGAGUUGCUAUAGAUUCUCCUCUCUUAGGGCAUUUAUUUAUCCUGUAUGAAGCUUGAUGUGCUAUGCACUCACCAAGCGAGUUGCGCUAGCCAGUGCAGUUGAUCACUGUGUAAAGUCGGCAUUCACAGGUCCGAAUGAGACGAAUCUGAUAGUGGCGAAGGCUUGUUUCAUCCAAAUUUACCUUCUUCACCCGGAUGAACAGCUCGAUGGAUUGGAAGAUUUUUGCGACGAGGUAGCCAAGGCCACCAGGUUGAAGCUGGUGUAUGAGACGAUGCUGUUUGGAAACGUCGAGGCCAUGGCUUCAAUUCGACUAUUUGGGCACGCCACCGAUGCCCUAAUCCUGUGCUUCGCCGAUUGCAGAGUUUCUAUUGUGGAGUGGGACGCUUCAAAGCACAAAAUGGAUAUCGUUUCGAUGCACCGGUUCGAUCCCAACGUUUUUUCAAAGCAAGGUCCUAGCCAGCACCUGAUUCCCCCCAGAGUGAUCGUUGACUACGAGAGGAGGUGUGCAUGUGUUUUGGUGUGCGAUUGCUUUGUGGCGGUGAUUCCUUUCAUCGACACGCGCGGCGCGUCGAACAGCAUACAGUCGACCAAGAACCUAGAAGCUGGGUCCGAGCCGGCGGCCUCCAAGGUGCCUGCGAGGGGCGGCAAGAAGGCGUACUACCCGCCGUCUUACGUGGUGCGUUUGCCGGACUAUGGAGUUAAAAAUGCCAAGGAUAUUAAGUUUAUGCAUGGCUAUUAUGAGCCGGCGCUGAUGAUAUUGUACGAACCCGUGGGGAGUUGGAUAGGUCGGUGUUCUAUAUUUGGAGAUAGUGCGUCAGUAGCGAUUAUCACGUUGAACAUGCCUAUGCAGAAGUCGAUGUUGGUUUGGUCGGUUGAUCACCUUCCGUACAAUUGUUAUCGGAUUUGCCCGCUGCGUUCUCCUGGGGGGGCAUGCAUUUUGUCGCCGAACGCGAUUUUAUAUUUGGACCACUCUUCGAGGUACAGGUUGUCGCUGAACAAGUUUGGAGACGAUAACGUUACCCACCAGAGCGCUGGCAAGUUCGUUUCGGAGGCAUCGCCUUUGACGUUGUCUUUAGACAAUGCGCAAUACACGUUUUUGAACGACUAUACGGUUUUGUUGUCUAUUUCGUCUGGUCACCUCGUCAUGAUGAGCAUUGUGUCGGACGGCCGCACGGUGACGCACAUCGACUUGCACUGUCUGGGGAGCUCCAUUUUGGUAUCGUGUCUGUGUGUGUUAUCGGAAAAGUACUUGUUUUUGGGCGCUCGUUUGGCAGAUUCGUUGUUGAUGGUGUACCGGUCUGUGGUUGACGCGUCUGAGCGAGUUAGCGACAAGAAGCGCUUGGCCACGACGCCGGUGGAGGUGGUUGCCGAGGAGGGGUCUCCCGACGCGGGGUCCGCCUACGCGCAGUAUUCGGAGCUGAUUGACGAGGAGGAUUUCGAAGAGGGCGUCGUCAAGGUGUUGAAGUCGAUGCAGUUGAGCAAGCUGACGUUGCAGGGACAGACUCAGAGGUACAUUAAGUGGGAGGUUGAGGCGGUUGAGUCUUUGAUUUGCAUUGCGCCACUCGGUGAUUACACGUUCAAGCCGAUUGUCAAGGAUGAGGCGUUGUACGAACAUUCUGAGACCAAGGAGUACGAAUUGAUUGCCUGCAGUGGGAUCGACAAGAGCGGAGCGCUCACAAUUAUAAGGCACGGCAUCAGACCUGUCGUGGUGAGUUCGGUGGAUUUGGCAGAUUGCAACGCGAUUUGGACGUUGUAUUGCGAGUCGGGUGAGUCGCACGGCUUGGGCGAUGGUGGAGAGGGGCGGGGCGAGGGGGAGGCGUCCGGUCGAGCCGCGGAGUUUUCUCGCGCUGAGAGGUUUCAAAAGUACAUUUUUCUUGCACAGUCCGGCUCGACGGUUGUUUUGGAGGUCGGAGACGACAACAUUACGAUUGCGAGCGGCGUGCCCGACAUCGUUCGCAACACGUCUUUGAACGCGGGGAACGUUGCAGGCGGUCGUCUGAUCGUGCAAGUUCAGUAUUACUGCAUUUUGCUGUUAGAUGGUUUGCGAGUGGUACAAGUUCGAGAGGUGCCGGAAGGUCGGUACGUGGUUUGGAGCGAUAUUUCGGACCCGUACGUGGCCGUAUUGUUGGACAGCGGCGUGGUGCAGCUCUACGAGUUGGACGAGUCUUUGGAUUCUUUGGACUUGGCGCGCGGUCCGCCCGAGUUGUGCGAGAAGGUGACGAUGUUGGCGCUGUUUCGAGACAAGAGCAACGUGGUCGGGUUCAACUUGCUGACUGCGGAGGCGCGUUCCAGGGUUUGCGAGUUGCCCGACGAGGUCGACGACUUGGAGGGCCAAGUCGAAGGGAGUCACAUUUUGGACGAGGAGGAGUACGUGGAAAUGUGUAACGACCCCAUAGAGAUCGUUUUGUAUGGCGGGAUUGGUGCUCGACAGCACGCCAAGAAGAAGGAGAAAAUGCCGAGCAGGACGAAUUGGGAGUCCAAGGUCUUUCCCUCGUCCGAGCUGGUGAGGCCGACUUACCUCGCGCUGACGUACGAAAGCGGGACGCUCGAAUUUUACCGGAUCUCGACGUUCGAAUGUGUGUACAGGUGUGCGGGUCUCAAUAACGGUCGCCAGCGUUUGGAGCACGACAACGACCCGAGUCUUUAUUGGACAUUUAGCGAGGUCGUUGGCAAGCAAGAAGACAUGCCGAUCGUCGUUGAUUUGCGCAUUGAGUCGGUUGGCUCGAAGUGCAGUCUUCCGUUUUUGAUCGCGUGCUUGGACGACGGGAACAUUUUGGUCUAUCACUGUUAUUUUUACGAAGAUCUUUUGGUUGAUGAGUCGGUUCUGCCGAUUCGUUUCGUUCGCGUGUCGCUGCCCACGGUCGCGUUUAACACGGUUUAUUCGUUUCACCAACAGGGAGACGCGCCCGCCGACCAGCACGACGACAUCAAGAUUUUGUCUUUGCAGAAGCGCGAAUGGGUUUAUUCAAGAAUUCAUCCGUUUUUCAACCUUUCAGGGUUUUCCGGAUUUUUCAUUACCGGCGACUUCCCGAUGUGGAUAUUUUGCGAGCGCGACUACCCGCGCAUGCAGCGCCUCGUAGGAGAGGGGUCCAUCCACGCCUGGGCGCCGAUCAACAGCGCGGGAUGUCCCAACGGAUUCAUUUACACGACUUCAGGCCGCUUCAAGUUCGCCUAUUUAGACCCUUCCUGGAACGUUGAGUGCACGGGCGGGGGGACGUCCGUCUUCCGCAUUCCCCUGCGCAUGACGCCCUACUCGAUUGCCUACGACUCCGAGGAGAACACCGUCGCGGUCGUGCUUUCCAAUCGAUACGUCGACAUGACCAGGUAUCUGCUUUCCAACCCCGACUUGCCCAAGAAGGACUCGGCUCCCGCUCACCUCGAUUUGCGCCUUCCCCCUAUAUUCGAAGAGAAAUACGAGCUGCAUUUGAUCGAUCCGUCCAUUUGGGAGACGACCGACGUCUACGCGCUUCUGCCCGAGGAAUGCGGCAUCGUGCGACUGCUUUCUCUCGACUACUACACCCACGCGGACCGCCGUCCGAAGCGCAUGAACUUCCUAGUGCUCGCCACGGCGAUCGUUCGCGGAGAGGACGUACUUUGCAAGGGUCGAAUCGUGGUCUUCGAUAUCGUCAACCAACUUUCUUCGUCGUCCCCGACUCGAGCCCAGCUCAACCUGAAGUUCUCCAAAGAGCGCCGCAGUCCAGUGUCUUCCAUCGACUGCGUCAACGGCAUUCUGAUCGCCUCCGAAGGAAGGCAAAUUUACCUGUACCAACUUCGCGCCAACGAAGGUCUCUAUCCCAUCGCCUUCUUCGACGUCCAACUCUCCACCGUCGACAUUUCCGUGAUCAAGAACUACAUCCUGCUCGGCGACAUCCACCGAAGCAUUCGCCUACUUCGCUGGAUGGACCCGCUCAAGAACCUUCAGCUGCUCGCCAAGGACUACGACAAGUUCAACGUCCUCGGCACAACCAUGAUCCUGCAACAAGAGAAGCUCUCACUCGUCGCCUCGGACGACCGCGGGAACAUCUACCUAUACGUCUACGACCCCGAGGACUUCAAGUCGCUAGACGGCACAAAACUAAUCUGUCAAGGGGAUUUUUAUUACGGUACACUUUCGAAAUGCAUGGUUCGCUUUCAAGCGCGUCCCCUUCCCGGCGAGCGAAAGGAUGCCGACCUCGACAUCGGAACAUUCCUCGGAGGGUUAGACGGCAGUCUCGCCUACAUGAUACCUAUAUCGGACCACGUGUUCGCUGUCCUUCGAAAAAUAGAGUCGAGGCUCGUCGAGCAGCUGGAGCACACGGCGGGGCUCCACCCAUACGCCUUUCGCCUGACCCGCCCGGCCUAUCGUCUCACUCACACUCACGUCAGGGCUGUGCUGGACGGCGAGCUGCUCUUCAAGUUCGUCCAGCUGGAGAGAACCAAACAGGACGAAAUUGCGCAAGCUUCCGGAUCCACGACGGAGCGCGUCCUGGACUAUCUCGCCCAAGGCAUGUUCCAAGCGGGGGUACUACUAGCCGCGUCGGAGGAGAAAGCGCGAAAAAAAUGUACGUAUUUCUUUUUAGCCUAUUGUAGGAAGUAUGGUCUUUGGUCUAUUUUUAAACAGGUAUUUUUUCCUUAUGAUGCCUAUUACGUCAUAAGAGGUUUUAUCGCCUGUGGAUUUUUUCAGGACUGCGAAUGGUUUUGCCAGCGUUACCAGACUUCCUCUCAGUUCAUGGUUUCCCACCUUCAGGGUCGCCGAUCCCUGCAACGGCGUCAGUUACGCGCGGAUGGGGGGGCGGCGCACAAAAAAAAAAGAGAGAGAGAGAGAGAGAGAGAGAGAGUACACACGUCUGGGUUUUUUGAGAGACUGCCCAGCGGGAUGCCGUUGAGAGCGCAGUUCGUUUCGAUUUGGAUUUCUCCUUGCAGCUCUAUGGCUAGCCAUUCUGGCGGCGUUUUUUGGCACUUAAGAGGUAUUUGGAUCAUGGAGAUUUACAAAUGUGUGUUUUUUUUUUCAAUGGUACAAAGUUUUUUCAUGGCCCAUGUUCACUUUUUUUCCUGUUGGAGAGAUACGCGCGCCAUAAUUUAUCGAUUCUGUCGAGAGUUGGGUGUCUGUGGAUCCUGGCUGGUCGUUGUGGUUUGAGGGUGUGAACACUGGAGGGCGAGACUACUCUGAUUGCUUCCCAGGUAAGGGUACAUCCGAAGAUUGGGACGUAUUGGUGUUGAAUGUGGAGUUUGCGAUGACAGGGAGCUCUUCGUCUGGAACCCAGGAUGGGAAAGAGAAAGGCGAGGAAGGGAGAGGCAAGAAAGGAGAUUCUAUACGAGGGUUACGCACACAGGGUGGGGUGGC